AUGAUAAAAACUAAUUUUGGUUAUUCUUUACUCCAAAGAGUGAACCAGCACAGCUCAGAGUUUCCCAGUAGUGAGUUUGUCCAACAAAACCUGGAGGAGAAUGUGAAUGACUGUCAGCACAACAGUUGUCAAGCGGAACUAAAAUCUCAGCUGAAGCAGAAGUUCCAGUGUGUGUUUGAAGGCAUCGCUGAAUCAGGAAACCCAGUCCCUCUGAACCAGAUCUACACAGAGCUCUACAUCACAGAGGGAAAGACUGGAGAGGUCAAGGAUGAACAUGAGAUCAGAUGCAUUGAAACAGCCUCCAGGAAUCAAUACAAAGCAGAACCAACCAUCAGACCAGAAGACAUAUUUAAAGGCUCAGCUGGAAGACAUGGAGCCAUCAGAACAGUGAUGACAAAGGGAGUGGCUGGCAUUGGGAAAACAGUCCUAACACAGAAGUUCACUCUGGACUGGGCUGAAGACAAAGCCAACCAGGACAUACACUUCACAUUUCCAUUCACCUUCAGAGAGCUGAAUGUGCUGAAAGAGGAAAAGUUCAGCUUGGUGGAACUUGUUCAUCACUUCUUCACUGAAACCAAAGCAGCAGGAAUCUGCAGCUUUGACCAGUUCCAGGUUGUUUUCAUCUUGGACGGUCUGGAUGAGUGUCGACUUCCUCUGGACUUCAACAAAACUAAAACCCUGACUGAUGUCACAGAGUCCACCUCAGUGGAUGUGCUGCUGACAAACCUGAUCAGGGGGAACCUGCUUCCCUCUGCUCGCCUCUGGAUCACCACACGACCUGCAGCAGCCAAUCAGAUCCCUCCUGGCUGUGUGGACAUGGUGACAGAGGUCAGAGGGUUCACUGACCCACAGAAGGACGAGUACUUCAGGAAGAGGUUCACAGAUGAGCAGCAGGCCACAACCAUCAUCUCCCACAUCAAGACGUCACGAAGCCUCCACAUCAUGUGCCACAUCCCAGUCUUCUGCUGGAUCACUGCUACGGUUCUGGAGGACGUGUUGAAAACCAGAGAGGGAGGAGAGCUUCCCAAGACCCUGACUGAGAUGUACAUCCACUUCCUGGUGGUUCAGACCAAAGUGAAGAACAUCAAGUACGAUGAAGGAGCUGAGACAGAUCCACACUGGAGUCCAAAGAGCAAGAAGAUGAUUGAGUCUCUUGGAAAACUGGCUUUUGAGCAGCUGCAGAAAGGAAACCUGAUCUUCUAUGAGUCAGACCUGACAGAGUGUGGCAUCGAUAUCAAAGCAGCCUCAGUUUACUCAGGAGUUUUGACACAGAUCUUUAAGGAGGAGAGAGGACUGUACCAGCACAAGGUGUUCUGCUUCGUCCAUCUGAGUGUUCAGGAGUUUUUGGCUGCUCUUCAUGUCCAUCUGACCUUCAUCAACUCUGGAGUCAAUCUGCUGUCACAACAACAGUCAACUUGCUGUUGGUUUAAAGUGUUCAGAGCAAAAGCAAUACAUUUCUAUCAAAGUGCUGUGGACAAGGCCUUACGGAGCCCAAACGGACACCUAGACCUGUUCCUCCGCUUUCUCUUGGGUUUUUCACUGCAAGCAAAUCAGACUGCCAUGAAAGGCCUAGUUAAAAAUACAAAACAUGACUCAAAUACAAAUCAGAAAAUUGUUCAGUACAUCAAGAAGAAGAUCUCAGAGUCUCCCUCUGUAGAGAAAAGCAUCAACCUGUUCCACUGUCUGAAUGAACUGAAUGAUUGUUCUCUAGUGGAGGAGAUCCAACAGUACCUGGAGUCAGAAAGUGUCUCCACAAAUAAACUGUCUCCUGCUCAGUGGUCAGCGCUGUUCUUCAUGGUGGUGUCAUCGGGGAAAGACCUAGAUGUGUUUAAGCCACUGAAAUACUCAUCAAGCUUUUUAGAGAAGGAUCUUGUGUUUGUGCUGGGAGUGGUCAAAGAUUUCAAGAAAGCUGACCUGACUUUGUGUAAUCUGUCAGAGAGAAGCUGUGAAGCUCUGUCCUCAGUUCUCAGCUCUCAGUCCUCUAGUCUAAUUGAACUGGACCUGAGUAACAACAACCUGCAGGAUUCAGGAGUGAAGCUACUGUGUGAUGGACUGAAGAGCCCUCAUUGUAAACUGGAGACUCUCAGGCUGUCAGGUUGUCUGAUCACAGAGGAAGGCUGUGCUUCUCUGGCCUCAGCUCUGAGCUCCAACCCCUCCCAUCUGAGAGAACUGGACCUGAGCUUCAAUCAUCUAGGAGACUUAGGAGAGAAGUUGUUGUCUCCUGGACUAAAGGAUCCACACUGGAGACUGGACACUCUCAGGGUGGAGCCUGGUGGAGACCAAUGGAUGAGACCAGGUCUAAGCAAGUAUUUCUGUCAACUCACAAUCGACACAAACACAGUGAACGGAGGAGUAAAACUGUCUGACAACAACAGGAAGGUGACAUAUGUGAAGAAAGAUCAGUCUUAUCCUGAUCAUCCAGACAGAUUUAAGCAGCUGCGUUACUUGCUGUGUAGUAAUGAACUGACUGGUCGCUGUUACUGGGAGGUUGAGUGGAAAGGAGGGGUAGAUGUAUCAGUGAGUUACAGAGGAAUCAGAAGGAAAGGAGACAGUAAAAACCAUUGGUUUGGAGGAAACAAUCAGUCCUGGACCUUCAUUCAUUGUGAUGAGAGUGGUUUUUUUGUCAGACACAAUAACAAGCGAAUACCCAUCUCGUCCUCUGUGUCUCACAGAGUCUCAGUGUAUGUGGACUAUCCUGCUGGUUCGCUGUCCUUUUACAGUGUCUCCUCUGAUGAAUUGAUCCACAUUUACACCUUCAACACCACAUUCACUGAACCGCUCUAUCCUGGGUUUGCAGUCUGGUGGUCUGGUGCUUCCCUAUCUCUGUGUGACGUGUAGUAAUGAGAGUGUGAUCCAGUAGGAAAAAUAUUGUCAUUGUCAAACAUGCAUAGUUUACUCUGUUCUUAUCUGUCUCGUUCUCACAUUGAUGUAAUAAAUCAUUUUUUCAAACCAGUUCUAAAUGAUUCCUCC